UUCUUCUUCAACUUCUUGUCUUUAUGCAAGACUAGAUAGAUAACAUUUUGAGUGUCUUAGUGUUAAGGAUUUGACAAAGAGGGUGGUGCAGGAUAUCUUGAUGGGGUCUAAGAAAAUGAAACUCGUGUUUUGGGGUUGGGAUGCUUGAAGGAAAAGAUGUUUCUGUUCAUGCAAAAGAAAUCAGCAUAACUGCACAACUUUGGUGUUGGUCUUUCAUUUGGCAUGGUAUUCUCUAAGGACAAAAUAUCUUGGCAAGGAGUUGUUAAAUGUCUCAUGUUUUGGUGGCUUCGCUUGCUUUGUUGGGUGAUGAAAAAUCUCAGUUUAUGGUGGGGAUGUUUUCUUGUUAUGUAGGUCUAUUUUCCUUUUCUCUCUUCGGAUGACUAGACUCUAUUGAAGGAUCAUACCACUAUUGAAGUAAAGCUUUUCUGAAAGACCACUGCAAUAUCAAGAGCCUCUUGUUACAUGUUACUAAUUACUGCUUAUGCUUAUGGAGACUGAUAUGUACAUUGCUGGCCGAGGUGCUACAGUAACAUAUGAAAUUUCCCAACAUUCCACCUCAAAGCCUCUCAUUCAGUGCUAUUCACUUGACCUUAACAACAAGACCAUCAUAAAUGGAAUUCCAAUGCUUUCUGGAGAGCAAGGUGAACUUAUAAGCAAUGCCUAUGCUGAUGCUUGCUUGAUUAAUCCUUCAAUUAUUGCCAACUCUAGUCCAUUAGUUACCUCACAAGGAAAGACUAUUGUGGCAGAUGCUUCAAAUCCCAUGGAGAACAGUGAGCUUCAAGAGCAUUUAGUUGGAGGAAUGCCAAAUACUCCCUCUUCCCUUGCUGCCAUUCUUGCCGCUAGAAUUGGUCUUGCAGAAAAAUUAGAGAACUCAGAAGCCUUGCCUCCCUCACUCUGCUCAACGGGGCCACUGGCACCAUUCUUCAACAUUUUGCAUGGUUCUUCAAACUCUUUGGCUGCAUCUUUUGAGGACUGUGGUUACAAUGAAGUCCCUAGCAAAUGGAAUGCUAACAAGUUCCCUAAGGCUCCAGAGAUUGAUGCAACUGUGUGUCAGCCUUGUUCUUCAAUAGUAGGAAACCUGGAUCCAGAUGAAUGGCCAUCAGCAAAUGUUGCAAACAUGUCCAAUCAUGCUUACCAUUCCUCUAACUUUAGUAAGGAACUUUCUCUAAGUCUUGCAACGUCUACAACCGCAGGACAGUGCUUAGAGGUGAGUUGCUCCAAUGUGACCCCAUGCGUCGAUGGAACCAUGUUAGGCUUGGAACAAGCCUCAUGCAGUAGCAGUAGGGAACUUUCUAUGAAUAUGGGUGGUAAUAAAUAUGUACAGUUUUCACCAGAAGUACUGGAGUCAAGAUACCUUGUUGGGAUUCAAGAAAUACUUGCUCAAAUUGCAAGAUAUUCAUUUGAAAAUUUAGAACAGUUAAAUUAUUCAGCUGCUUCUAAUAGAUCAGGUGGGAACAAGUCAACUUCAGCUUUCUCACUCAAAAGAAGGAUACUGAUAGAUCACAAUGCAAAUUCUGUGUAUGAAGCUCGUGCAGAGUCUCCAUUACAAAGUCAUGCCACUGAAUCAAAGAAAGGCCAAUUGCUGACACUUCUACAACUGGUGGACAAUCGAUAUAGCCAGUGUUUGGAUGAGAUACACACAGUUGUAUCUGCAUUCCAUGCCGCUACAGAGCUGGACCCGCAAAUACAUUCACAUUUUGCUCUUCAGACCAUCUCUAUCCUUUACAGGGACUUAAGAGAGAGGAUUAUCAAUUAUAUUCUUGCCAUGGGUUCAACUUUCGACAACUCGUGCUCAGAAGAGAAUGAAUGGUCUGUUGAAACUUCAUUCCUUCAAAAGCAAUGGGCUCUCCAGCAGUUGAAGAGAAAAGAUCAGUUGUGGAGGCCCCAAAGAGGCUUGCCCGAAAGAUCUGUCUCAGUUCUACGAGCUUGGAUGUUUCAGAAUUUCCUUCAUCCGUAUCCUAAAGAUGCAGAGAAGCAUUUACUUGCAGUAAAAAGUGGGUUGACAAGAAGCCAGGUAUCCAAUUGGUUUAUAAAUGCUCGUGUUCGGCUGUGGAAACCUAUGAUUGAAGAGAUGUAUGCUGAGAUGAAUAAAAGAAAGGCUUGUCGGAACGAAGAAGGAUUGCAGAGCAGCCAUGGAAACAGGAUAAGCAUCAGUAAUCAAAGGUUUAGUGUAAACUAAAGGAACAAAGUCGCGUAACGAUUUAAUGGGCCCUUUUCUUAAUUUAAAUAGAAAACAACACUACUGAAGUCAAUUUCUGCGAAUCAUACUUUGCAUGGUUUUGGGUCUGUUACUGAUGAGGAUAUCCUUGACUCGCCUUGAGAAAAUAGAAUCUCAGUAAAUAAUACGGCAUUUAUUUCACUGUCUAUACUAAGUCGUUUGUUCUAGCUUCAUUUUCUUCUAUAGCGCUGCACGCGUACUAGAAAUUAGUGUUAUAGUAUGAUUGCAAGAAGUGUCAUCACCCAUGCCUGGGAGAGUUGGUCACACUUGCAAGAAAUAGCAAGUUUGUCAUUGCUGAAAGAACUAUUUCAUUUACUCUCUAUCCAACUUAGAUUUCAUAUGGACAGCCUCCGAGUGAAAAGGUGACACGUCCCCAACAAAAUUUAGAGAACGACAUUGUAGUUUUCUCAAUCCUUCACUUAUGUCAUAUCUGCCAAUACGAAAAGUUAAUGAUAUAUAUAUGUAAGGAAGAUUUGGCACAUUGCUGUUCCACAA